AUGGUUUAUGCAAUUCAAAAGGAGCAUACGAUCAAAAGAUUUGUGAUCAAGAAAUCAGCUACAACUAUUUGCAAUAAAAUGACCCCACCCCGCCAGUGCGAUGAUGUUGGCUCAACACAUAAUGUAGACAGUGAUGAAUACAAAAACCAAGUUUACAGAUGUGCAUGUUAUGAUGUGCUUAAUGUGGAUAAGAAAUUCAAUUGGAAAAGUGACACCAAAGAAUGUGCACCACUAGGAUCGCCUACACCAACCAAUUGGGAAACUGAUAGUAGUGCUGAGAAAUAUCACCCGAAAACUGCCGAAAAUCAUUUGGACUUUGAAUUUAUCGGAAUGAGUACUACAAAAGUAGAUCUGUGCCCAACCAUUGACUACACAUUUAAAGAUAAGACUAAAAAAAAAAACGAGCAAAUUGAAUCAUAUUUUAUUAGCGAUUGGAUUGAAAACGUACCGGAAAUUUAUACAUUGCCCAAGAGUAUAACGCUCGAAACUGAUAAAAACUCUUUAGUUGUCGGGAAAGCUAUCUUAUUGGACAAACCCGGAGAGGAAUUUCCGGUAAAUCCGCAACAAAUUCGUAGCGAAACCGGCCGACAAGUCAUCGAUAUUCCCAAAGCAAGAGAUUUAUGCGACGCACUGCCUAGACUACCACAAUAUUAUGACUACUGUAAACAAUUAGAUGGAAGUGAUUAUGAAUGCCAAUGCCCUAAAAAUGAAUUCACGUUUGAUGCUAAAACCAAAACGUAA